AUGUCAGCAGUUGAACGUCCAGCGGUCCGCCGUGAUCACCAUCCUACUAAGAGAGCUCAGUAUAUCUCUGAGACUCACAAGGACAAAGAAAAUCGCCAGCACCAGCAGGUCAAUAAGGCCCAGGAACAUCAAGAGAAGGCUUGUCAGAAGGCAAGCAAGGCUGCCGAACGCGAAGCUUACCAGAAUAAUACUGGACGCACUCAAGUCUCUGCAGUGACGUUGGGUAACGAUCCUGGGUUUUCAAGUCAAACUGUGUCAACACCUGCCAGGGGCCCAGACUUGGUUGCACGGAACAGUACAGUGCUGCUCGCGCCACACCGGGUCACAUUGAACAUGACUCCGCGUCUCAACACAUUGACACCAGAAAAAGCGGCUGAGCUGUUGCGACUGCAUGAGGCUGUGCUGGCAAAACAAGCAAUGAGUCCAGUUGCUGCAUUGUCUCGAGGUGGUCCCCACCCUAGUUUGGGCCUCAACAAUACUAUGACUCGCUCUCCUAGCCCAAUGGACGAGGCCCUAUUCGACGAAGCUAUUGAAGGCUUGGUCGACUUCAACAUGGAUGGGGACCAGGGUAAUGACUCGCUCGUAGCUGACAACAACAACAACUAUAUUGGUGAUGAAGGUAGUAGGUCUCCAUCCCCCAGCAUCGAAUGUGUGGGCAAAUAUUGCCGCAGAGCAUCUGACGGUGAUGACAACAACAAUGGGCCAGUGUGGAAGGCUGUCAAGAUCCAGGAAAGUAAGGGGCGGCCAAAGGCUGCCAAUUACGAACCAUUUGUUUGCACCAUCUUUGGUGUUGCAUGGGCCCUCUAUUGUGGCCGUCUCUGCAUGGAGGGUCCUAUGCCUGACCAUAUGCAGGAGGUGAUGUGGGCCAAGUUAGCAUGGAAAGAAGCAUGCAAGAGGUUACAUACUCAAGUUGCUUAUGAUGCAGAGAUUUUAAAAAUGAUCACUUCGCAAGGUUCCCACCUUCAUGGCAAAGUCAAGACUAAAGUCCGGCCAUAUGUCGCAGAUGAGUACGGGUUUGAGACGAGCACCAAGCAAUCUGUCAUUGAUCGCAAUAUCAUGCUCGCACGGGAACUCAAGAAGGAUUUUGCCUUCACUUGCUCCCCAAAUGGUAACAAAGGCUUAUACGGUGCCAAGAUUAUCCAGAAGGGGGUCAACACCAUAUGGUUCCGCGACAAGAAAGACAAAGGUGACAAAACUUUGAGUGAAGCGGAUGUGAUCUGUUAG